GUCACUUUCAACAUUUCUUACAUCUAAGUCUGUCGAGUUUCCCACUUUGUUGAAACGUAAUUCACAUGAAAACAGUUACUUCUCAAAUUUCUCGAAGGACGAUAUUGAACAGGAGGACAUGAAUCGGAUAUCAAUCGUUUUAGCUGCAGUCGUCGCCUUUUCCUUCGUCUUCACGGGUUUCUUUUCUCGCGGGCUUCGAUCACCGCUUUUAAGCGCAAUAUGGAAAAUUCAACACAGGCAUAUGGAAAAGGAACACAAAAAUUCCCUUGAGCAAGAUCUCAAAGAUAUUUUUGAUAUUUUCCCUUGGGACGAUAUACGUUUUAUUGUUGGAAAGUACAUUAAAUUUGACAAGCAAAUCGAUAAUACAAUCACCUUUUUCAAAGACCAUAGAAAAUUUAUUUGGAAUGCCCUAAAAAAAAUACCGCAUUUUCAACUUUUUAUAUUCAUUUUGAAUGAACUUGAACUUAAGGUUGAUCAUUUGGUGGAGAAAUUCGAGCAAUUUGCAAGCUCACUACCCGAAUGUAACAAUACCGAGGAGAAAAUAAAAAGCGGCGGAUUAUCAGAAAUGAUCCAUCAAAUUUUAAUUAUUAUUCCGCGUGAAAAACUGCACAUUUUAUUAUGUGAAAAAGUAAAAAACUCAUAUAAUUUUCGCACACUGUUACUUUUGCUUAAUUCUCAGCAGUUUCUACAGCUUUGCAAAUCUAUUAAAAUGAAUGCCGAACUGCAACGACAUUUUUACUGGGCGAACGAAAAUGGAAUUGAAAUUAUAUUUGCCAGUGAAUUACUUAUAAGGCUUUACAUCUAUUUAAUACAAAAUAUUUAUAUAGAUAAUUACGUUAACGGCAAUUGAAAUAAAAAUCGUAUAAAGUGGAUGCAAAAUAGAUGCAAAUGAAAAAGUAGAAAGAAAAACGUUGAAUAGAAUUGGUUUUAGCAAGACAAAUAAAGGUAUAAGAAAUUGUAGAAAAUAAAUUUUAUACAAUUUUAAUA